UCUAUAAGUUAGAUGAAUUUAGAAUAUCUUUUAUAUAUAAAAGAAAGUAGUAAAUUUAUCUGAUUGUCCACUGCCUACUUACAUCUGUCCCCCUGCCUCUCCUCCUCUACCCAGCAAGCACAAAUACACACCUCUUGGUCCUCUUGGAUAAGAUCAUAACAUCAUCGUAUAUUAGACAAAGAAGCCUAGAGAAUCCCAACAAUGGAACAAAAAACACUCCUACCAGCUCUUUCAUGCAUCAUCUUCUUCAACCUCCUCUGCUUCGCCAUGGCCCAAGAACCUCCUGCAUGCCAAACCACAUGUGGUUCCCUUAAACUCAAAUAUCCCUUUGGCACGGGUGCUGGCUGUGGCUCCCCAACUUUCCAACCCUACAUAGCCUGCGAAAUUAUCAACAAGGACCAAAAGCAGCAGCAGCAGCUCCUCCUCACCACCCACACAGACUCAUACCCAAUCACUUCCAUUUCCUACUCCACCCAAACCCUAACCCUAACCCCGCCCUCCAUGUCCUCCUGCUCCUCCAUGCAACCCUCCCCAUCCAACUUCGGCCUCGACUGGGCCAGCCCUUUUCAGCUCGGCCGAUCAACUUUCAUCCUCUUGUCCUGCCAACCCCCCACCUCUUCUCUCACCCUCAGAGGUUCCUCCGGCAUCCCGGUCUGUGAUCCUUCCUACUCUAACCUCUGUGCUUCUAUCUACACGUGCCCUUCUGUGGUUGGUCUUGGCCUGCCUUUGUUCCCCCCUACCAACACUUGCUGUGUAUAUUCACCCGGCAAUCUUGAUAGCAAGGGUGAGCUGGACCUCUGCGGGCUGAAGUGCGCCGGGUAUACCUCCGUGGUGUCCCUUGGAGACUACCCAACGGACCCCGCCCGGUGGGAGUAUGGGGUGACGUUGAAGUAUAGCCAUGGCGAUUUGGAUAGUGGCAUUGUGGACACCAAGUGCAAUAGCUGUGAGAUGAGUGAUGGGGUUUGUGGGUAUAGGGUUGAUGAUCUUUCGUUUCUCUGCGUGUGUAAGAAUGGCUACAACACCUCCUCGGAUUGCAACAAUAAUUUCAGUCCAGAUCAGGACCUGUUUUGGGGCUCUGCCUCUAAUUUACCACCUGCUUGGAAAAUGUGGUUUGCGCUCGUGGUUUUUUGGGAAAUCUCCUACUCUUGUUUUGAUCUUUUUUGAAUUGUAAUUGGACCAAAAAAUAUUUAUGUGACUAUGUGAAGAAAAAAAAUAGAAUAAUAGAACAGUCAAAUUGAAAAGGAAGAGGAAUAAAGGUGAGCAAAGCAUC